AUGUCCAUAGAAGAAUCUGGGAACCUUGUUCUCUACAACUCCUCUGGUAGAGUCAUCUGGCAGUCUUUUGAUUAUCCAACUGAUACCCUGCUGGGAGGGCAGAAGUUAAAGGUGCGACAGAAGCUUACUGCAAACAUUUCUCCUAAGAAUACAAGCCAAGGUCGUUUCUAUUUAACCUUGCUUCAUGAUGGCUUUGCUAUGUUUACUGCCUCUGCACCGGCUAAAAUAUAUUUCAGAUCUCCCAAGCCACGUGCAGGUGUGGAGUUAUCUUAUGCCCAGUUCGACAACCAGUCUAUCAAUAUUUACUCUGAAGGAGGAGGAUCGCCGUCAGUUAAUUUACCAGUACCCAAAAGCAGCCUUCACAUUAAAUUAGAUUGGGAUGCUCAUUUAAGGGUUUGCUCGGUCCAAGAAACAGAAGGAAGAUCUUCCCUUGACUAUGUUCCAUCCUUCCUGAAAUCAAUCGCUGAGUGCGAUUAUCCAAGACCAUGCGGAGACUAUGGUGUUUGCACAAAUGGUCAGUGCAGCUGUCCAGGAGAUGACGAUGCUUUUAAGCCGACUGAUGUCUCAGAACCCAAAUCCGGAUGUAUUCCCCGCGUUCCUCUGGUGUGCUCCCAGACUGGUGGAAGCCAAGGUCAUCACUUUUUGGAACUGGAGCACGUUUCCUAUUUUACUUAUGUUUUUGACAAUUCUUCAAUGCCAGGGUUAGUGUCAAGAGAUGAAUGUAAAACACUUUGCCUCGAAAACUGCUCUUGCAAAGCUGCUUUUUUCAGGUACCGGACCAAUUUUUCUAGUGGUUAUUGCUAUCUAGAGUUCAAUAUCUAUUCUAUGAAUACUAACAGUCCAGUCGAAACGUACUACAAUUCCACUGCUUAUAUUAAAAUCCAGUCAAGGCCCAAGGGCAUUAAGUCCUUAUUUGUCGUCAUCAUUUGUGCUUCUGUGGGUGGAACAAUAGCUCUGUUUAUCUUAUUGUGGGCAUGGAUAAGUAAGUCUAGAAAGAGCAGACAUAAGAUAGAAAAGGAUGAAGAUGAAGGUGAGGAUGAUCAUGUGGAUUGGCCGGCAGGCUUACCGUUGCGGUUCUCAUUCGAAGAAUUGCAAGAUGCUACAAACGGCUUUGGCAUUAAGCUGGGUAGCGGUGGAUUCGGUUCAGUUUAUGAGGGUGUUCUGUCUGACGGCUCAAAGAUAGCAGUGAAGUGCCUUGACAGAGCAGGACAUGGACAAAAAGGGUUCCGGGCAGAAGUGGAAACGCUAGGGAAGAUUGAUCAUCUUAAUUUGGUAAGACUGAAGGGCUUCUGUGCUCAAAAAUCCCAUAGAUAA